UACGAGCCUCUUCCAGGCCAGCCACUGCUACUCCAUCACCAGCAGCAGCAGGCAGCAGAGCGCAGCAAGCAACACCAACACCACCUCUCCUCCUGCCAUGGCCGCCUCUGUCGAGCCGCGGCAGCAGUUCGGCCGCCUGGAGCCGGUGCGCGGCGGCGCCACGAACGGCGCCAAGGCGUACCCUCCUCCGGCGAGCCACAUCCCUCGCCGCGCUGACUCGCCCGUGCGCGGCUGCGGCUUCCCUCCCCUCGUCUCGCCGCCCCGCGGCCGGACCGACGACGCGUCGGACGACGAGUACGACGAGCAGGAGGACUGGCGCGAGCUCUACGGCUCGCACCUGCAGCUGGAGGUGGAGCCCGCGGUGCACGACGCGCGCGACGAGGGCACCGCCGAUGCCUGGGUCGAGCGCAACCCGUCCCUCAUCCGGCUCACGGGGAAGCACCCGCUCAACUGCGAGCCCCCGCUGGCACGCCUCAUGCACCACGGCUUCAUCACCCCGGCGCCGCUCCACUACGUGCGCAACCACGGCGCCGUGCCGCGCGGGGACUGGGCGACGUGGACCGUCGAGGUGACGGGUCUCGUGAAGCGCCCCGCCCGGCUCACCAUGGAGGAGCUCGCCCGCGACUUCCCCGCCGUCGAGGUCCCCGUGACGCUCGCCUGCGCGGGCAACCGGCGCAAGGAGCAGAACAUGGUGCAGCAGACGGUGGGCUUCAACUGGGGCCCCGCCGGCGUGUCCACCUCCGUGUGGCGCGGCGCGCGCCUCCGCGACGUGCUCCGCCGGUGCGGCAUCAUGCCCCGCAGGGGCGGCGCCCUCAACGUCUGCUUCGAGGGCGCCGAGGACCUCCCCGGCGGCGGCGGGUCCAAGUACGGCACCAGCGUCACGCGCGAGUGGGCGCUGGACCCGUCCCGGGACAUCAUGCUCGCCUACAUGCAGAACGGCGAGCCGCUGCUGCCGGACCACGGCUUCCCCGUGCGCGUCAUCAUCCCCGGCUGCAUCGGCGGGCGCAUGGUCAAGUGGCUCAAGCGCAUCAUCGUCACCCCCGCCGAGUCCGACAACUACUACCAUUACAAGGACAACCGCGUCCUGCCGUCGCACGUCGACGCCGAGCUCGCCAAUGCCGAAGCGUGGUGGUACAAGCCGGAGUACAUCAUCAACGAGCUCAACAUCAACUCGGUGAUCACGACGCCGGGGCACGACGAGAUCCUGCCCAUCAACGGCGUCACCACGCAGCGGGGCUACACCAUGAAAGGAUACGCCUACUCCGGUGGCGGCAAGAAGGUGACACGGGUGGAGGUGACGCUGGACGGCGGCGAGACAUGGCUGGUGUGCGACCUCGACCACCCGGAGAAACCCAACAAGUACGGCAAGUACUGGUGCUGGUGCUUCUGGUCCGUGGAGGUCGAGGUGCUUGACCUCCUCGGCGCCAAGGAGAUCGCCGUCCGGGCCUGGGACCAGUCGCUCAACACCCAGCCCGAGAAGCUCAUCUGGAACCUCAUGGGGAUGAUGAACAACUGCUGGUUCAAGGUGAAGGUGAACGUGUGCCGGCCGCACAGGGGCGAGAUCGGGCUGGUGUUCGAGCACCCGACGCAGCCGGGCAACCAGGCGGGCGGGUGGAUGGCGCGGCAGAAGCACUUGGAGACGGCGGAGGCCGCGGCGCCGGGGCUCAAGCGCAGCACCUCCACGCCCUUCCUCAACACCACCGACGGCAAGCAGUUCACCAUGUCGGAGGUGCGCAAGCACGCGUCGCAGGAGUCGGCGUGGAUCGUCGUGCACGGCCACGUCUACGACUGCACCAAGUUCCUCAAGGACCACCCCGGCGGCGCCGACAGCAUCCUCAUCAACGCCGGCACCGACUGCACGGAGGAGUUCGACGCCAUCCACUCCGACAAGGCCAAGGCGCUCCUCGACACCUACCGCAUCGGCGAGCUCAUCACCACCGGCACCGGCUACAACUCCGACAACUCCGUCCACGGCGGGUCCGUGCUCUCCCACCUUGCGCCCAUCCGCGAGGCCGCCAGGGCCCCCGCGCCCCUCGCGCUCUCCAACCCGCGCGAGAAGAUCCACUGCCGCCUCGUCAGCAAGAAGGAGCUCUCCCGCGACGUCCGCCUCUUCCGCUUCGCCCUCCCGUCGUCCGACCAGGUGCUCGGCCUCCCCAUCGGCAAGCACAUCUUUGUCUGCGCCACCAUUGAGGGGAAGCUCUGCAUGCGAGCCUACACGCCGACGAGCAUGGUGGACGAGAUCGGCCACUUCGACCUCCUCGUGAAGAUCUACUUCAAGAACGAGCACCCCAAGUUCCCCAACGGCGGCCUCAUGACCCAGUACCUGGAGUCGCUCCCGAUCGGCUCCUACAUCGACGUCAAGGGGCCUCUGGGCCACGUCGAGUACACCGGCCGCGGCAACUUCGUGAUCAACGGCAAGCAGCGCCACGCGAAGCGCCUCGCCAUGAUCGCCGGCGGAAGCGGGAUCACGCCGAUGUACCAGGUCAUCCAGGCGGUGCUGCGCGACCAGCCGGAGGACGAGACGGAGAUGCACCUCGUGUACGCCAACCGGACGGAGGACGACAUCCUCCUCCGCGACGAGUUGGACCGGUGGGCGGCCGACUACCCGGACAGGCUCAAGGUAUGGUACGUGAUCGAUCAGGUGAAGCGCCCGGAGGAGGGGUGGAAGUACAGCGUCGGGUUCGUGACGGAGGCCGUCCUGCGGGAGCACGUGCCGGAGGGCAGCGACGACACGCUGGCCCUCGCCUGCGGGCCGCCGCCGAUGAUCAAGUUCGCUAUCUCGCCGAACCUGGAGAAGAUGAAGUACGACAUGGCCAAUUCUUUCAUCGUCUUCUAAGACAUCAGUACGUACUACCACACACCAGAUGUAUAUGUAUAUAAAAAACUAGUCGAAUUGCCAGCGUAAAUUGCUUGAGAGAUGGAGGGUUGUGGGAUGAAGGGAUUAUAAGUUGUACACUUGUACUCUGCUCUAGCCAAGAAUUAUGAGACUAGAGCAGCACAUAGGCCAUGAUCGCUUUGUCCUCAGAAUGUGCAGCUCGUGAAUUCUGAGGAGGCUGUUUAUUUCUUCCUGUGUACUACUAGCAUGUAACUAUUGCUCUUAGCCUUCUGAUGGAAAUUAUAUCUGAAUAUGUUACUUUUUAUUUAAGGCUGAA